UUCUAGAAGGCGUGACGUGAGGUCAAGAGCAGGCUCGGAGGCGGACACCUCUCAGCAGUCGCUGUGGCUGCAGCUGCCGGACCUGGGGACACGGGUGGCCGGGGCCGCGGGCGCAAUCUGCUCAACUCCCCGGCUAUGGCCGCGCUCGGUCGGCCCUUCAGCGGCCUCCCCUUGAGUAGCGGCUCGGACUUCCUGCAGCCGCAGCCGCCGACCCUCUGCGGCCCGGCCUUGCCGCCGGGGGCGGACGGUGCAGAGCUGGCCCCUCGGCCGGGACCCCGCGUUUCCCCGAGCAGCCCCGGCGGGAGUGCGGCGCGCGGACGCAGUGUUUCAGUUCCCUGCAAAAAGAAACACAAGCUAGAGCUGGAAGAUGAUGAUUGCCCAGUAAGAAAGAAAAGGCUAACUGAAGCAGGGCUCUGUGCUGGUCCUAAUGACUGGAUUCUUUGUGCACAUCAGGAUAUAGAAGGUCAUGGAGUAAAUCCAUGCACUAGUGGCCUUUCUGCACCUGGCAUGUUAGAUGUUAUUUGUGAAGAAAUGGAUCAGACAACUGGAGAACCUCAGUGUGAAGUUGCCAGAAGGAGGCUUCAGGAAAUUGAGGACAGGAUAAUUGACGAAGAUGAAGAAGUUGAACCUGACAGAAAUAUUAACCAUCUCCCCAGUCUUGUCCUUUCUGAUACCAUGAAAACAGGUUUGAAGAGGGAAUUUGAUGAAGUCUUUACAAAGAAAAUGAUUGAGUCCAUGAGCCGUCCUUCUAUGGAGCUCGUGCUCUGGAAACCUCUCCCUGAACUCCUUUCUGAUAAGCCAAAGCCAUCAUCAAACGCUAAGAACUACACAGGAGAGAGCCAAACUAAGCAUGCCGUUGCCAGCACUGCCUUCCCUGGGAGAACUGAACUGUUCUUGGAACCUCAACAAACAGGGAUGCAUAUUUACAGUAGUUUGGAGACAGCUGCUUGCACAGAAGAAGAGAUGGAACUCUAGAAAUGUGUUUCUAUACUGAAGGUGUCAAUUUUGGAAGGCUCAUGUGUUUAAUUGAAACGGGUGUAUCUCCACCUGUGAUGUGGGGUGGGACUCAUUUUGGGUAGCCAUUUCUUAAAUUCAACUUUUUGCCAAGGAAGCUUGUCUCAAGG